AUUAAGGCUGAAGCUUUAGUUAUCAAGGAUACAGAUUUUGAUACAGUUGCCACUUCUCGAAAUCUUACUCUUAAGGAAUCUGAAUUUCUUAAACUCGAUUUAGAAUGUUCAGUUGCAGAUACUAUGGCACUUAAGUGUUUUUAUAUGUGGAACUUUUAUAGUGGAAAUGGUAUGAGCAUCGAGGAUUGGAAUAAACUCUGCGAUAAAGAUUUUGUAGAAUAUUUUAGUCCACUCGAAUCUAGAAAACAUUUCUUGUGUCUAUCUUAUUUUUACAAGCAAGGUUAUAAUGAAGAGAGUUCGCUUGGUUUUACGGGUAUAGAUGAUAAACGCAUUCUUUCUGAUGAUCAGAUAAAAGUUGCAUUUAAGGCAUCUCAUGAAAAAUUUAUAGAAAUUCGAAGUCAAGCCUUAUUGCUCUUUAGCUUUAGGUCUCGUGUAAAAAAAAUACUAGAUCUUAAAUCAGCUAUAAAAGCAAUUAAUGCAAUUGUUGGUAAUUGUCGUAGUUUUAAUAAUCAAGAAGAAGUAAUAGCUAGAAAGUUAAAUAAUCCUGAAUAUUGCCCUAUAGCUUCAGUUCUUCCAUCAUAUAAGCCGAAGGUAAGUAAUGAGAUUCAGAAUCUUUUUGAAUAUGUUGAGCAUAAAAUUUCUGACUCGUCUAGUGGAAUGAUUGAUAAAAAAGGUUUAUCUUUAGAAAUGCCAGCUCAUAAUCAAUCUUCUGGUCUUUCCCAAGAUAGAUACCAUAUUGAUACUACUAUUAGUGAAGCCAGGAUAGUUGAGAAAAAAAUACCCGAAUCUUUAACUCCUCUAUCUUCAGAAUUUCUUAUUAAAAAUGAAUCAGAUAUAGAUACCCUUAUCCUUCUUUUAUAG